AUGGCGGGUUACUCAAUCCAAGCCUUCUACAAAAAGGAGGUGUUGCCCACGCCUGCCGCAGCAGCCUGUUCUCCCACCAAGAGACACGCCGCGCAAGACGACGGCUUCACGCAGGCAGAAGUCGACGCCGGAAAUAACCCUCUCGACCGCCAAUGGAACCCGUCCGAGAAGUAUCAUGACAUCCUCAUCGAUAACAUCCAGCCGGGACCGGCGCUCGUUUGUUUCACGGGCCGCAUAGUCAACUACGCACCGGCGUUCUUGGACUCCAAGAACGUCUACAGUAGGCCGGCCCAUCAGCUGGUUGUCAAGGAUGAUACGGGUGCGAUCACGGUCAAACUUGUGCCCAUAGGCAUUCCUGUCUCAUAUCUUGUCAUCGGUCAACUCGUCACCAUCUGGGCCAGCUGGGCGGGAGCUGCGGCGAGCUCGCAUCAUGGGAGCAUCCCCUUCGUCACAAUGUACACGCCAAUCAAUCCAGCAGACGUGGGCACGAAGCAGUUCAUCCAGUUCAUACCCGACACUCCCGACACGCAGAAUCUCUAUCGCGUGCCCCUAGAACACGAACUUGAUGAGGAGAAGCCAAGAAAACCCUUGCCGGGUUUGAUGACCCUCGGCCAAUACCUCAAAACGGGCCACGAUACCCGCGGUUCCCGCAUCAUCGUCUGCGUCAAGAGCAUCGGCUCACGCAAGCGCAUCCCCGUACAAGACGGCACGAGGGAGGCGGAACUCCUCGAGGUCACGGAAGACAAGGCAAACUCGGCCAGGCUGUGGAAACCCAACGAGACCAUCCUCCUCUUCACGAACCCCAAGUUCGUCGCUCCACGAGAUACCAAGCCUUACCCCACGCCGCCCGGCAUUGGCCUGAGUUACAACACGCUCGUCGACGUCGACCCGGCGUUUCCUGAUGGUGACUGGCUUCGGCAGUGGGUGAAGGGCAGGGUCAAGAAGGAGAGCGUCUACAUUCCGUUUCCUCAGGAUGUCUGGGACGUCGAGGACGCCGUCCAUGGGCCCAUACGCCCGCUCUUCACGCUUGCUGAGGUGGACGACUUCGCUCGCACCGAUCCGGCGACGGAUUUCACGGGCAAACUCAGCUUGACCAUUCUCGGGAUCGACUUAUUAGGACAUUACCGAAGAAAGAUGCUAUGUUGCGUCGAAUGUUGCGGAGUCCCCCUAUAUGCCAACCACCCGUCUGCGACAUGUAAGAACUGCAUGAAAGAACGUUCGCUGGUCCUCAACCCCCGAGUCAUGGGUGUCCUGGUGGACGAGACGGGAUGUAUCGCGCAGGGGAAGCUUGUCUGGAGCGAGCAGGCUUGGGGCGAGCUAUUCUUCCCCGCCGCCGCCUCCGAUACGGGAGUCGAGGGCGGGCUGGAGACUUCUCCUCACCCCUAUCCUCCUUCUUCCCCGGCUCCGUGGACGGGGAUUCUGGCACUGGACACGAGUGGACUGCGGACGCUGGAAGAGCAGAUGCUGUAUUCACGUUUCACACUGACGUUCGGCUGGUCUCCUUUCGUCGAGCGGCUGUGUGUACUCGGAGUCGAGUGGUAA